AUAAUGUUGUUCGUAAUUUAGUUGGAGUGUUUUUAUCACUAUGUUUUUCUCAGUAAGAUAAGUAUGAAGGAAUGCAAUGCACGACUGUGCUGCACCAGUAGCCCCUUUGUCCAAAGUCCCAACUCACCACAAAAGACUGCCGGUCGAAAUCCGUCCAAAGUCUAAGAAAGCGCGAUUUAAUCUUGUUAGUUCACAUGACUUAAUUUCAAGUAGUGACGCAUUCCUUUCUUCUCGAUUUUUUUUGCAGGCAGAGGUCUUCUUCUGUGGUGUUUGGUGGCCAUACAUGUAGCUUGGUGGCUAACAUAACGUAACGUCAUCGAGGCACGGAUCAUUGCAGUUUUAUAACGAUGUUGGAAAUGGAUUUGAUGACUACAUGUAGAAUGUAGUUAGCUUUUGGUCGAGAACUUUCGGAUGAGCUGGAGUAAAAGCUGAAACAACUCACAGUGGUCUGAUGUCGUCCCAAAGACAUAACCGUCACAAACCGACAAAAGGUUAGCCAUCUUCGAAGCUGAACUAAGUCAGAGGAAACCACUGAGCUAGCUUUGCUGGAAAACUUAUCAAAAUCAUCGAACGAGACCCCUGGACUUUAAGGUGAACAAGAUGGCGGUCACUUUCAAAGACGAUCCAAAAUGGCGGCCAGACCAACCAAGUGAUGACACUGCACCGUACAAGACUCUUCUGCAGGAAUUGGGCAAAGAAAUGCGGGACGGCGACCUGGAGAUUAUCAAGUUCAUGUUCAAGGAAGACGUAGAAGAGAGUGUGUUAGAGAAAGUGACGAGUCCCUUGGAAUUAUUCGAGGUGCUAGAGGAUCACGGGAAAAUUGGACCUCCGAACAACUUGAGUAAACUUGAAGAAGGGAUGAGGAUGGCUGGGAGAGAAGACCUCGUCACCCAGAUCAAGGAAUACUCUGUCAAAUGUGAUGACGCUGCAAGACAGGCCCGGAGGCGGAAGGACACGCCGUGGGUCAGUAAAUCACCUUUUGCAGCAGGAAACCAGCCUAAAGUGGUGGAAGAAGAGGAGGAAGAUGAAGAAGACAAAGCCCAGGACAGAGCAGUCCCUGCUAACAGUGACGCCUCUGCCGGACGUAGCGACGUGACCCACUCCAGCCGCCGCCUCUCCACCAUUCCAGAAGACGGGCCCAAACGCGCCGUCCUGCCGCCUAUAAAAACAGGCGUCAUCGAGGAAGAACCUCAACAACCAACGGAGCAUCCCGGUGAGGCAACAAACACUAGCAAGCACCAGGGUAAAGGACAAGAAGGGGAAGACAACAAUUCCAGUAAAAAGACUUCUUCAAAAGACAUUCCAGCGACUACAUCUGGAAAGAAAAAAUCUUCACUUUGCGUACUCUUAUAAUAAAAUAACCUUCAGUUUA